AGCAUUUUGUGCAUUAUGUAAUCGUCGGUCUAGCAUUCACCUCUCUGCUUGCCUCGCGCAUGCAAGACUAGUGUCACUGCACCACCACAAGUCCCGGGUUGAUCGCACUCAAUUUUUCCUUGAAACCCGUUGACCUGUGACAACUUGACCCUGUUCCCUUCGUCAGGCCAUGUCGUGGAUUUUGAAGCCGAGUGGGGAUGUACCUCGACCUCCAGGCUCAACGGAGGAGCUCGUGGAGGACCCCACUGAUCCGUCCCGCAAAGUGAGACGAAAAGCUGCGAACCAGCCCUUCCUCGCGUACAAGGAGUAUCGGAAGAAACAGGAACAGGAGCACCAAGCAUGGCUCCUUCGGAAGCAGGAACGCGAGGAGAAGCUCUCGCGGGGUGAAACAGUCGGACCGGAAGAGCGCGAUCCAACCGCGGAGGAAGAAGUUGGACUUCUUGGCUUAUUGAAGUUCACGGUUUACAUGCUCCUGAUUAUCGUUCUCGCCGGCAAGUUCUUCACCGGAAGCUUCUUGUGGGAGUAUGACGGGAAAUGGGUUAGGCUGAAGACGUAUUUGCCUGAAAACAAUGGCCGCUUAUUCUCUGAAUCGUACCUCGCAACAUUCGAUGGGAGGGAUGAAAACAAGCCCCUGUAUCUUGCGAUUGACGGCGACGUGUACGAUGUUUCCAGUAACAGGAGGACGUACGGUCCUGGAGGACCCUAUCGCCACAUGGCCGGAGUUGAUGCCGCAAGGUCUUUUGCUACGGGAUGUUUCGCAACACACCGUACCCACGACUUGCGGGGACUCUCCGAGGAGGAGCUUCAGAGCGUUCGACAUUGGAAACGUUUCUUUGCCGAUCACAAGACAUACUUCAAGGUAGGAAGGGUGCUUCACCCACCCGUUGAUCCAGAGAGCCCGAUCCCGGAGCCAUGUGAUCCAUCCAAAGCACACGUGCAACCCACGGAGAAUGAUCUGAAAAAGGGAAGGAGACUAGUGGAAUUUAAGCAUUCAGUACCUAGCCACAAAGAACAUGCGGAACUCUAGAUUAAGCGGAGGCUUGUACAUAUCUAACUAGCAUGCUUUAGGUGGCGUGAUUUCUCAGGCUGAUACGAUCAGCCGGCGGAAAAGCACGAGAAAACAUAGGAGUUUGCG